AUGUUUCCUGAGCCCGAACUCGUUGAUAGCACUGGUGUGCUAUCAUACACAAUCAAGGUCGAGUUCAUUGUCAAGGUCAAGGUCGCGGAAUUUUUUGACCGACAGGCACGAAGUCUUUCCUACCUGCAGAAAAUGCGGGCCAUUCACGAGGAAAUGAUCCAAUACUUAAGACGAUUCGGUGUGGAAGUGAACGAAUACAGAUCCUACGAGGCGGAUUUGCAGGCUUGGACCGUGGAGAGAGGAAGCGCCGUUAGUGUCGACGAUGUCUCUGACGUCGACUAUGGCUCUGAGGAGUGGGGGUUCUUCGAAGUGAAACUGGCAAGCCCCGUAUUGCCUUAUUAUCGUCUGUCAAUGUUCGAAGUGGAGCGAGUCCUCCUCCUGAUCAAAGACGAGUACACCACGAUCAUCAAUAAGUCCUGCACCUUGACCGUUCAUGUAGGGCACAUUGAGGACGAGCCUUACUUAGAGACCUACGAAAGUUACGGAUUCUGUCUUCCGGCCGUGCAGACCCUCUUGCAGCUCCUUUGGAAAUACGAAGCACAGAUCAACGCUAUUCACCCCGAGCAUCGUAUUCAAGGAAAUCCCCGCUCUCUGCCGCCGAGCAAAAUGCUGGAAUACAUGCUGUCGAGAACCAUCAUGGAAAGGAUUUGUGAUUGCAGAGAUAUGAACGCUCUGCAUCAGCUUUGGGAAGGAGGACUUAGUUCAGAGCAAAUUCGUCAAAGAGUCGCUGCAUACAGCAUCCGUGGGCUCACCGGCAUUCCAGGUUCUGACACCCAUACCGGAACGAUCCGAUUCGGGCAGCACCAGGCCACUCUUGAGUUCGACGAUAUCAAAAACUGGGUUUGGUUCGUGGGCUCUCUGGUCCAGCUGGCGGUUGAACGCGGGCCUUGCGGUGUUCCGCUUACCCUCAUGGGACUCGGGGGUUACACGCGUCAAGUUCCCUUGAGUGAGGUUUCCGCGAUUCAUUUCAUCAAGAAAAUCGCGAAGAAAGACCAGUAUUUGUUUUACAAAGAGCAAUUGGGUGAUUAUUACUACUUCGACGAUCCUGAUGACUUUUGA